AUGAAACACCAAAUGAGAAAUGCAAACUUUCCAAAAACAGAUGAUGGUCGAGUUUAUCAUAUUGGCUUGAAACGUGGAGAAGUCGUAGAAGAUCCUGACAGUGCAAGAAAAAUGGCAGAACUCUUAGAUCGAACUCCAAAACCCUUUAUUUUCGAAUCUAAUAAAGGUUUCAUUACAAUUACUGGUCGAUAUAAGAAAGUUUCUGUUAGCAUUGUUUCUAUCGUUAUGGGUUAUGUGAUAAUGGACUUUUUUAUUCGUGAAGUCCGUCAAAUAAUAACAGGAGAAAUAAUAAUAAUCCGUUUUGGCUCCUGUGGUUCAAUAGGCACUCCUACGAUAGGUAACAUACUCGUACCAUAUGGUGCGUUCUCGGUGACCAGAAAUUACGACUAUUUCAUACAUGGCGUUGAUACAAAUGAUGCAAUGCCAAUAGUCGAUUCUCCUUAUUAUAUCUCUAAAAUUGCUUAUGCUGAUGAGGAAUUGAGCUAUUUGGUAUAUGAUAAUCAAGACCUAAUACCGUCAAUUUUCGAAAAGUAUGAUGAUGCUCACAUUGUGGAUAUGCAAUCUUUUAUGUUAUUUCAUUUGGCAAAUACGUGUCGUUACACUUCUCAUUCAAGAAUUCAUGAAAAACCACGUAAUAUUCGUCAUAGUAUAAUAAAUACUAAAAAUGGUAAAGACGGUACCGGUGCUUUAUAUAAUUCCGGGUUAAAUAACUCCCAAUCUUCUCUUCUCAAAUAUUCGACUGCUCGAAGUAAUUAUAGUGAUACUCAUGAUAAUCAUAAUCAUCCUUAUAAAUUGGCUUCAAAUUCUUCUUCAACUCAUUCUCUUCCUCUCAGAUCGACAAAACCCACUCUUUAUUACCAAAAUAAAAAUUCUUCCGUAGCUAAUUUCGUAAAACCAACUUCUCAAAUAUUUGGUAAUGAAGAAAAUGAUUUCAUUAAUGGUGCUAAAUCCCAACCAAUAUGUGGUGAAGCUAUAUUUAAUACUUUGAUUAAAGUAGAAGUGGAGAAUGAGAUGAAUGGUGAAGAAUGUGUUUGGCACGCUUCCUGUGAAAAAGAAAGAUUUGGUUUUGGAAGAAUUAGAAGUAGUGAUAAAAAUGGUAAAAAGAAUGGAAGGUUUAGCAAUUUUGGUAACUUGGGUAACCUGAAUAACUUGGGUGGUGGAAGAUUUAGUAAUUCGUCCAACAAUUCUAGAAAAAGUGUAGAAAUAAAAUAUAAUGAUAUAAGAUGUAGUAAAGAAAAUUUAUAUUACGAUGUUAAAAAUGGUUGUCGGAAUCCGAAUGUUUACAACAACAAUCAUAAUGAAAAAGUUGAUGAUAGAAAUAAGGGUAAAAUUGCUAGAGCUGUUACUAGAAUGUUGAGUAAAAAAAGAAAGAAAAAGGAUUCGUCUGAUGCAUGA